GAUGCAAGAUGGGGAAAAUUGGGUCCUUUCCUCUGAAAUCGGUGACUCAUUACAUUCCGGCAAACUUGGCAUACUAGCCUGGAGGAUAGUGCAGUUGAAAAAAAUUAGUUUGAUAAAUAUUCUAUUCCCUCCCGAAUAUCCAACAAAUAUCACGUGACCUCUAAAUGCCUGUUGGAGUUGGAGGAGAUGUGUGUAUCUAAUUUUGGCGCGUCCCAGAGUUCCAGACACGGGCCGAUGCGCUACUGUUUUUAUCUUCACACCAACUAGGUUGUAUUGGUGUUUUCGAUAUCGGUGAAUCGGGAAGCUAUAGGCUGAAGUGAUGUAUUGUGGGUUCAUCGCAUUGUUAAUUGCCUGAAGUUAUUUCGAAGGGAGGAAUAAAAUGAUACGUGUAGAUGAAAAUGAGCCUGUAGGGGAGGUCCAGUUGAGCUUCCCUUACAGAGAUGUCCAAAUCAAAAGAGGAUCAGAUCCGAAAGAGGAAUACAACCUGCAAGAAGAGUUAGGAAGAGGUAAAUUUGGUAUUGUUUACCGUUGCACAGAGAAAAAAUCCAACCUUGCUUUGGCCGCCAAGUUCAUUAACUGUCCAAAGAAGGAAGACAGGAGAAAUGUGGAAAGAGAGGUGGACAUAAUGAGAACCCUGCAGCACCCCAGGCUGAUACAGCUCUACGACGCUUACGAAAAUGACAAGAUUAUGUGCGUCAUAUUAGAAUUAAUCGAGGGAGGGGAACUUUUCGAAAGGGUGAUAGACGAUGAUUUUAUUCUAACAGAAAAAAGCUGUACAAUCUUCAUGAGACAGAUCUGCGAAGGUGUGGAUUUCAUACACAAGCAGAGGAUACUUCAUUUAGACAUGAAGCCAGAAAAUAUUCUGUGUUUGACGAAAACAGGAAACAGAGUGAAAAUAAUAGACUUUGGCUUGGCUAGGAGGUUUGAUCCGGAGAAAAAGCUCCAAGUGCUUUUUGGUACUCCUGAGUUUGUAGCACCAGAAGUUGUCAACUAUGACGCAAUUGGAUAUGGUACAGAUAUGUGGUCUGUUGGAGUCAUUUGUUACGUUUUGUUAUCAGGUUUAUCUCCAUUUAUGGGAGCCAACGAUCCUCAAACAAUGGCGAACGUCACCAUAGCAAAAUAUGAUUUCGACGAUGAAGCCUUCAAUGAAAUAUCCGAAAACGCAAAAGACUUCAUCAAAAAAUUGUUGGUCAAAGACAUGACUGAACGUAUGUCGGCAGAAGAGUGUCUGAAUCACGACUGGCUAAAAAAGAAGAAAAGAGCGGUGACCCGCACGCCCUCUAUGGAAGUAACCAAAGACAAUCUGAAAAUUUUCGUGGAAAGAUGGAACGAACACCCAAAUUCUCCCUAUGUCUUCGACAAACAGUCGCAGUUUAUAACGCCGGUAUGUUCUGGUGGGCAUAACCUCACAGAUUCACUACAUUCAUUGGUCGGUCUUUCGCCAUCACCAUGCGGUUCUCUUGCGUCGUCUUCAGGAAUGGAAGAUUACACUUUGAACGACGUCCAGCCCAUAGAGUUCGAUAGAAGAAGAGCAUCGGAUAGUCACGGGGUUGUUAAGCCUCCUAGGGACAUAACAGAGAGGAUAAACUUGGCGGAAGAGAUAAGGAAACUGUCAGACAAGUUGUACCAACUGUCGAAAAUACCAACCACUAUAAAUAACGACAAGUGUCCGUUCGGGGAGACCCCUUCGUUGAAUGGGGAGUCUCCAGUGUUACCAACGUUGAACAGGGAAAUCCCCCAGCCGAACGAGGUGUUUAAAAGCGUCCCCAUUAAAAUAAUUCAUACGAAAUACGAGGAUAUUCCUAAAGGCCAGAUUAAUUGCGAUGUUCCUUGGAGAAAGACUAAAUUUAAAUUGAAUCAAUUCAGCCGGGAUGUUCCUUUGGCGGUUAAGCACCUAAAUGGUGUCAAAACUUAUAAAGCGUCUGUUCAGCAUAACUCUGUAAGGCAAGCACACAAUGAUUCCACACCAAACACCACCAAAGACUUGCUGUUGACACUUUUGGAACAUUGGGAUGGACCACAUGGUGUUCGAAGACAUAAUACUAGGCAUAGUUCUAUAUCUUCAGAAUGGACGGAACACGAGAGCCUAGGUCAAAAAACCAUUAGUUCUUUGAAUAAUUUUUUCCAGUCUAGAGCAGCAAAUAAAAAGAUUACACCUUUUCAUCAGUUUAAGAAUUAAUCGAGUUUCAGGAUUUGAAUGGGUCUUACAGGCUAGUGAUAAAAAUGGUUUAUUCGGACCAUUUCAUUUAUUCAUCACAUAGUUUUCAUCAUCAAAUCACUUCAUUCAUCACAGAUAUCAGAACUAUGAAAGAAAAUUAUUUUAUUGCAAUUGAAAAACUUUUUUUCAAAUUAUACACUGCAAAAUUUUCAAAUAGACUUUGAAUUCCUAUUAUUAAUCUUAUUUAAUGUAUAAGAGAAAACAGUUAUAUAAUAAAUGAAUUUAUAAUUGAACAGUUAUUUAGAAAUUUUAUCCCACAACUAAAGCUAGGAAAAUGAAAUGAAUUGACCAAUUUUCGUUUUUUUUCUAAAUUGAGAAAGUGUUCAUUACAAAAAUAAUAUUCAAGAGUAUUUUUCAUUCAAAUUGUCGAAGAAAACCAGAGCAGCAAGAAUGUUAGGGAAAGGAUGACAGCCCAAGAAGCUCUGAACCAUCCAUGGCUAAGUAACGUAACAGUUCCAGAAAUGGAAAUCGACAGAACCAAACUGAAGAAAUAUGUAAUAAGACGAAGAUG